AACACAAUCAGAAACACCGGAAUUGUUCCUCCAAAAUGCACUUCAACACUCAAGUCAGUAAAAUGUCUAAGAAAAGGUACGAAAAGAAGAAAAAUAUGUGAGGGAAGCUACAUUGAAGGAAAAUUACUUAAAUGUGAAAUAUGUGCAUUGUUACUUUAUAUAUGAGAUAAUGGACAAUGAUUUGAUUGAAAUAAUUAAUGAAAAAUAUAUUAAAAGUCUGAAAAAAGUUCACGAUUGCACAAAUUGCAUUUUUCAAGCAAAUUAAAGUUUAAAUGUUGAAUUCUGAUAUAAUACCUUGAUGGGACAUAACUGGGGACGCUGGGCGAAUCCUUCGCAAGAAUCGAGCCAUUUCUUUGGGUAUUAAGGACGUGACAACUUGAACGUACAAUAUCUGGACCAUCCAGAGGAUUGACCGUAUUGAUCAAGGAUUAAUGGAGUAAAUAGGCGUAACAAGAAUAAAGGUCAAAGAGACGAGGAAGGAACUCGGGCAGAGCAGCAACGUCUUCCUCCAACAAAUCUUGCUUCAAUUGACAACAAAGGGUGAGCUUCGAAGCUAAGUCAAUAGCUAGGUUCACUGAGUUGAAUAAACUCGCGAGCUUUUCUCUCGAAACUGGAUUCACGAUGCGAGCUUUUAGUUUUAUUUCAUGAAGGCGAUUUCUUUUUUUUUUUCUUUUUUUGUUUUUUUUUUUUGGUUGCCGAAUUGAGAGGAGAGUCGGUUCUUUACUAAAUUUUAUCGCUUUUUCUAGUUGAUCACCUUUUAACGGUAAAUAUUUUACACCUUAACAAAAAAAAUUUGUGGAUCAAUUUCAGAAUAAAACAAACCCCAAGGGGCGAAUUAAAAAAAAAGUCUCACGGCAGCCCAAAUAAUAAACGAUUGAGAAAAACGUGGAGGGAACAAAGACAAUUAUUUUCAGGAUAAGAAAAAUAUGGCAAUUCAACUGAACCACUUCCAAGCAUCAACGCUGAAGCACGAGAAGGAACCGAAGCCACCUUUCUUCACUUACUCAAAAACUAGAAUCUUUAGGGUCAGUACUGCAGCGUCAAGUAAUGCCCAGCAGCUAAUACAGUCGGGUGAGGUCAAGCCUAUACUGCCUAAGGACGCAACCAUGGCCAUGAAUUCCGAGGGGUUCAAGUUACUCGACAUUAGACCUGAAUGGGAGAGAGAAAAAGCAUACGUUAAAGGGUCACUUCAUGUGCCACUCUUUGUCAAGGACAUGGACAAUAGUCCCAUUACUCUUUUGAAGAAAUGGGUGCAUUUUGGCUACAUUGGCCUGUGGACUGGCCAAAACUUUACUAUGAUUAAUCCUAAUUUCAUCCAGGAGGUCGAAGCUGUUGUUCCUGACAAGCAUGCUAAGUUGCUUGUAGCUUGUGGAGAAGGACUAAGGUCCAUGAUGGCAACUUUGAAGUUAUAUGAGAGUGGAUACAAGAACUUGGGGUGGUUGGCUGGAGGAUUUAAUCGUUCUGUAGAUGCUGAUUUCCCAGAAGUGGAAGGGCCUCAAAAGUUGCAGUACGCUACAAUUGGGGGUGUCUCAUACUACUUUUUCCAAUUGCUCCUCCUCACGCAAGCCGUGGGCAAGGAGUAAUUAAGGAGCUAGAGUCAUUUCUGGGCAGGUUAUUACUAAUUGUAAACCAGUUUCAAUUUUGGCUAAUCAGCAAACUAGCUGAUACUGCACAAGUUUCUGUUGGUUACAAUGCAAUAUGUUAGCUUCUGAGUUCUGAGUUCUUUUUAUUGAAUCCAUUUUCCUUUUAUUGCCAACCUAUCUCAAUUAGGCAAAAUAUACAGUGCACGACUACCAAUUUUGAGUAUGUAAUUAUCAAUUUUGGAAUAAUCUCGUUUCUGUAGGAAAUACCGUUUACUCAUUUUGCCCUUCAUGGAUGUAAGCUGUCGUAAACUAGAAAAAAAAAUGUAAAAUUCCUUCCAAUUUAUUGUGAAGAAAAAGUGAUUUCACUCAAGUCUAUAAUGUCUUAUGCACUAGUCUUGUAGUAGUUAUCAGGGCUUCCUACGGGAAAAUCCAAAGGGCUACCAGCAACAAAGAGAACUAUUCAAUAUUUCAGUCAUUAUCUAAUGUUUCCCAAGAACUAGUCCAUAUUUCAGUCAUCAUCUAAUGUUCUCGGGCUAGAUGGCCAAGAACUGGGACAUCUAAUCAGCAGAUAGAAUGGCAUACAUGCAAAUUGCCAAAUGAAGCUGAAGAUGAAACAAAAAACUUUUGAUAACAAGCAAAGCCUCUUAAAUCGUAGACCAAAACCACCCGAAAAUGCAGGUAAAGUUUCUGUAGAGCCUAAUCAAUGAAAAAUAACAUUAGUAUAGUUGCAGAAUGCAGAGACAAGCUGUUUAAAUCCUACCAAUCUUAGAAAUCAAAUUUUAGAUAAAGAAACAGCAGAGUUGUGAGAAAUAUCCAUCAUUUAGUGAACAUCUAUUACUUACAAUUAAAACUGUUCCCUUAUUAUAUUAAGGACAAAUCAUUUUCGUCUUAAAGAGGUAAUUUUGGAAUUGGAUUUCUGAUGCUAAUUCCCAUUUUUUAUUACUUCAUUCUUUUUUUUUUUUUACGUACUAGAAAACAAAACUCACAUUGCGUUGCGGGAACUAUUAAGAAAUUUUAAAUAUGUAUCUAAUCUCUCAUAAUUUAAUGAU